AUGACCACCUCAGGACUCGGCGUUCCCGUCAAGCUUCUCCAUGAGUCUCUCGGACACAUCAUCACCGUCGAGCUCAAGACCGGCCAGCUCUACCGCGGCAAGCUUGCAGAAGCCGAGGAUAACCUCAACAUCUCUCUCAAGGAGAUCACUGUGACCCAGCGCGAUGGCCGUAUUUCCCAGCUUGAUCAGGUGUACAUCAGGGGAAGUAUGGUCAGAUUUUUCAUUGUCCCGGACAUGCUGCAGAACGCGCCCAUGUUCAAGCGCGUGGGACCGAACGCGAUGAAGGGAAGGGGUAUUGGUACGGCUCGUGGAAGGGCUACAAUCAUGCGCGCGAAUGCUCGUCGCGGUCGUGGCGUCCCUGCCGCAAGAGGCAUUCGUCGGUGA